AUGGAAAUUUCUUUACCCAUCUCUGAUCUUAUCAAUGCCGACUUCAAUCCACAUUUGGUUGUUGGAACAACAGGAAAUAAAUGUAAAUCCCAUUUUAUUGAUCCCCACAAUCUCCUGUCCAAAACUUCUCAUUGUUCUUCUCAGAUUUGUAACAUAAAUAUCACGAGUGAUUAUUUGACAGCAUUUAGAGCUGGAUACUGA